AUGCUUCGAAGUCGCAGAUACCGCACCUUUGUCAUUUUCAGCGUCAUUUUUGGUCUUGCUUUCCUACAUUUUAUAAGAUCGCGAGAAUGGUCUAAUGAAUGGAGGGAGCCAGCCGCAAAUACGAAAGUAGCUCCUGCGCCUGUCGCUCACGAUCUGGCCUCCCCCCACGACCAUGAUGCUGCAACCGAGAUCAAGUUUGAUUCGAAACAUCGCAUUGACGUCCCUACCGCCCCGAAAGAGAAGCCCUUGGAUACCAAGAAACCAUCUAACCAAGACCCUGCGAAACAGAAAGAAUUACUAGAUAGCCAAAAAUCGAAACCAGAGACUAUUCAGAAACCUCCAACUCGUCCCGGCACCGAUGACUCGAAGUCAAUUGAUACGCCGUCUGUGAAGGAGCCCACUUUCAAAUCCUCUGGUGACAAGUCUUACGAAGGAACCCCUAAGAAACCAGAUUAUCACCUCAACGAUCAACUAAGCGAUAUCAUCGAACCGAUACCCACCAAACAUUGGAAGAAGCUCCCGGAGCAUUUUCCCAUCCGUGAAGCCGAUCUCAUCACCCUGCCCACCGGUCAGCCUAAGAAGCUACCAACGCUUCAGGUUGCGACCAAGGAUGAGACCUCUGCGCAAACCAUUCUACGCAAGCAACGGCUGGCAGCCAUCAAGGAAGAGUUCGAGCAUGCGUGGAGCGGAUACUCGGAAUAUGCAAUGGGACAUGAUGAAGUUCGACCUGUGAGCGGUAGCUUUCGAGAUCCAUUUGCAGGUUGGGGCGCCACACUCGUCGACGCAUUAGACACGUUAUGGAUAAUGGAAAUGAAGGAAGAAUUUGCCGACGCUGUAGAACAAGUCAAGAAAAUUGACUUCACAACGAGCGCUAUUCGAAGCGACAUUCCUCUCUUUGAAACGGUGAUCCGUUACUUGGGUGGCCUUAUUGGCGCGUACGACAUUUCCGGUCAAAAGUAUUCGGUACUUUUAGACAAGGCAGUAGAGCUGGCCGACAUUUUGAUGGGCGCCUUUGACACCCCGAACAGAAUGCCAGUUACCUACUACAAGUGGGCUCCUGAAUACGUAGAGCAGCCUCACCGCGCCAGUACUCGAGUCGUUUUAGCUGAGCUGGGAUCUUUGUCUGUAGAAUUCACCCGCUUGGCUCAGUUGACCCAGGAGGCUAAAUAUUAUGAUGCGGUUGCACGCAUCACCAAUGAACUUGAGGUCAUGCAAAAUAACACGAGGCUCCCUGGUAUGUGGCCUUUAGCGAUUGAUGCGUCAGGGUGCAAAAUGCGCACUCCACAGCUUCCAACUCUCUCAACUCUUGGUCAAAACUCGGACCUGAAGGUCAAUGAAGAUAGAGGUUUGGGGACACCAACGCCAACGCCUACACCGAAGCCACUUCAAAGGGAUUUCGUUAUCCCGAAAGAUCUGGAGAAACGUGAAAUUGGGCUGGAAAUUGAUGCUGAACCUGCGGACUAUGAACCGGAAACUAAGGCAACAUCCACCGUCCAAUUGACAUCUUUCCCGAAUAAGGACUGUGAAAAGCAGGGCCUAGCAUCACCCCACGGUGCCAGAUCGGAUCGAUUUGGUUUGGGCGGACAGUCUGAUUCGACUUAUGAGUAUCUACCCAAGGAGUACAUGCUUCUCGGCGGUCUCAGUGACCAAUAUCGCAGUAUGUAUGAGGUUUCAAUGGAGCCAGUGCGGGAGAAACUUCUGUUCCGGCCUAUGCUCCCGAAUCAGGAAGAUAUCCGGUUGGUGGCCACCGUGCAAGUUUCCGACCCUAGACAUGAGGAUGAGGAAGAAUUAAACAUUCGGUAUACUUACGAGGGUACGCACCUCACCUGCUUUGCUGGAGGCAUGUUUGCUGUGGGAGCAAAAUUGUUCGGAAUAGAUGGCGAUAUGGAUAUUGCAGCCAAAUUGACUGAGGGCUGUGUAUGGGCUUACGGGUCAACCAACACGGGCAUCAUGCCGGAAGGCUUUGAACUUCUUGCGUGCGAUGAUCCUUUUGCAUGUACCUGGAAUGAGACGAGGUACUUGGAUGUAAUGGACCCCAAUGAGAAAUCUCGCAUCCAACAAGCGGAGGCCUGGUAUGAGCGCGAGCUGCAAAACGCAAAGCAAGCUCAAGAAGUAUCUCUCGAGAAAAAGCCAAACAUUGUUGCUCCUGUACGGAUCUCGGAAUCAGAAAAGAGCGAUACCACUGGUGAAAAAUCCUAUAACGGUAUUGCCAAGCGGGAAGCUAACAAUUCUGGCGUUGAUGACUACGACGAACAUGCACACCUCUCUGCUACGAAGACGACUGUGGAAAGCCAGGAAAAUGCGAAGUCACGCCUUGAUACCAAGGUCCAAAAUAAUGGAGUCCCUGCUAAACCUACAGUUUUAUCGCAUAAAGAGUACGUUGCUAACAAACUUGAGAUUGAUCAUAUCCCUCUGGGCUAUACGAAAAUUCAAUCUCGAAAGUAUAUUCUUCGUCCGGAAGCCAUUGAAUCUGUCUUUAUCAUGUACAGACUUACAGGAGAUGAGGGUUGGAGAGAGAAAGGGUGGAAAAUGUUUCAGUCCAUUGCACGAUAUUGCCGAACGGAACUCGCAGACUCUGCGAUUUCCGACGUUACCAGCACAGCACCUGAGCUCCUUGACGAAAUGGAGUCUUUUUGGUUAGCGGAGACUUUGAAAUAUUUCUAUCUCCUAUUUAGCGAUCCCAGCGUCGUUAGUCUUGAUGAAUAUGUGCUUAAUACCGAGGCGCAUCCUUUCAAACGACCAGUGUCAUAAUCGGCAACUUUUACUAACAAUAUUUUAUUCCUUUUUUGUUUUGGCUUCUCAAGACCGUAUACGAAUUGUGAUGAGUCUCUAUCUGACUUUCGUACUUCUUGGCUUUUGUGUAUUGUACACUCAAAGCCUUUUGAAUCAGCCUACAUAUAUAUACCCUGAGGAGCAUGGAAACUGUCAAAGUUGUUAAGCAUACCAAUGAAUCUAAUAAAAAGUUCAAAUCAUUCCC